AUGGGCUCCUCAUCCUACUCUCUCAUUCAAUCCAAGCUUAUACAACUCGGCGUCUAUACAACUUUCUUUUUCGUUUUCCUAACCAGUGUUGGUCGCUAUGUCCUUUAUCCCAAGGAUCGAACGAGUUGCCAGUCCAUGUUGGAGGACGGCUGGUGGCAGGACACAGACAUGUUCACAAAGUGGCAGCCUGCAGGGUGUAUGAUGCACACUUACAAGGCACCUGAAAUAUCCUCUUGUCUCAAUCAUUCUCGGAUAUUGUAUGUGGGCGAUUCGAUUGUUCGACAGCAGUUUUUCGCAUUUGCACAACAAAUCCAUGCCGAUAUCGAUACGACAGGACCUAAGCAUGUGGAUCGACGCUAUCAAUUCAAUGAUCAACAUCUCGUAUUUGAAUUUUGGUGGGAUCCAUAUCUCAACACAUCCCGAACGAUCGACAUGCUCAAAACGACCGAUCCAGCCAUUCGGCCUAGUCUUUUAGUGCUCGGAAGCGGAGCUUGGUACAUGCGCUAUCUCGAGGAUGAUUACCGAGAAGAGUGGCAGGAUGCUGUCGAUCGUGUUUUCGAUUCAGUGGAACGCUCAGGUCGUGUAGCCGAUGCUGUCAUUUUAUCGCCUGUCGAAGUACCUGAAUUUGAUCUCUUGUCACCCGAUCGUGAACGCACCAUGUCAUUGGAUAAGGUCGAUAGCAUGAAUGCUUAUCUUCAAUCACGCAUCGAUGCUAUUCAUGCUCUCACCCCUAUCACAGUCCCCUUUGUCUGGAACAAGGUCUCAGGUGAUGCUCUCAACAUGACACAAGAUGGUAUCCAUUUCGCUACUCCCGUCACCACCAUGCAAGUUCAACUCGCUCUCAACUAUCGAUGCAAUGAUCAACUCGCCAAACAUUAUCCCAUGGAUAGCACAUGCUGCUUCCAUUAUCCCAUCCCACGAUGGUAUCAAAACAUCUUUUUCCUCUUGUUUUUAUUUUGGGUGCCUAUUGGAAUCUAUACCAUCUCCAGCGAGCAAGCGAUCCUCAAAAGCCUACGACAUUACUUCCCUACUGAAUCCACGCUCAAUGCAUUGUUCAUCUUUGGUCUUGGCGUGAUCUACAUGUUCUUUGGCGAUCGUACCCAUAUGCUAGGCAAGGGACAAAAGUUGUUUGACCCUGUGGUGUUCAGCGUCUUGAUGCUUCUCACGCUUGGUGCUGGUAUCUUGACACUCAAGGUCAAAAAGGAAGGAGAUCAAGGCUUUUUGAAUCGUGACCAGACCGAUGAAUGGAAGGGAUGGAUGCAAGUAGUGAUUCUAGUGUAUCAUUUUCUCGGUGCUUCAUCGGUAUCAGGGAUCUACAACCCCGUGCGCGUAUUGGUGGCUGCAUACCUAUUCCAAACCGGCUAUGGUCAUUUCUUUUUCUUUUACAAGAAGUCUGAUUUCGGUCUCGCGCGUGUUUUAAAUGUCUUGGUGCGUCUCAAUCUCCUGACAUUUGUCCUGCAAUAUGUCAUGGAUACCGAUUAUCUUAGUUACUACUUCACGCCACUCGUGACGUUUUGGUUUGGUGUCAUUUGGAUCACGAUGUACAUUGGCCAUGCAUCCAAUAAGACGCCCUGGUUCCUUCUCAGCAAAUUGGUGCUUGCAUCCAUCUUGACAACCACCCUCAUUCACGUGGAAGGUGUAUUGGAAGGCCUUUUCGACCUACUUGGACUCCUCUUUAAUAUCCAUUGGAAUGCACAAGAAUGGCGGUUUCGACUAGGAUUGGAUGCAUGGAUUAUCUACAUUGGGAUGUUGUGUGCGUACGGCAAUAUCAAAUUUGCAGAAUAUCGCAUGCAUGAGCACCCGUUGUGGCCAACAGCUAAAAAGGUCACCAUUGCAGCAUCCGCUGUGGCCAUGAUCGGUUACUUUGUAUUUGAGCUUUCGCUUCCAAGCAAAUUUACAUACAACAAGCUGCAUCCUUAUAUUUCGUGGAUCCCCAUUUUGGCCUUUGUGGUGCUACGUAAUGCAUCUGUCAAGUUGCGAAAUACAUCAUCUCGGUUUUUUAUCUUUUUCGGCCGUAUCUCGCUUGAGACCUUCAUCGGUCAAUUCCAUAUGUGGUUGGCUGGUGACACCAAGGGUCUAUUGGUGGUCAUUGCGCAUCCUCGUGCAAUGCAUGGUCUCGGAUGGUGGUUUAAUCUCACAGUAUCAAGCUCUCUCUUUGUAUUCGUUUGUUAUUACUUGAGCCAGUCUACAGGCGAAAUCACCAAAGUGCUGUGUGCUGCACUCAAUCCACCCCAUGCCACCACAAAUCCCGAAUACCAGGCCGUGCCCCUUUUGCCUACUACAUCCAACAAUAAUAAUACAUCACAACAACAAGCUCAAGAAGGUUCCAAGACCAACCCUCAUGCUGCAUCAGCGUCGGCUGCAUCAACCGAAGAAACUCAACCUGCAGCAGCAUCCGACAUCGAAUCCUCUUCAUCAUCACCACCACAACAACAGCAAAUGGAAAAACCCAGCAGGAUGGGACAUCUUUGGAAAGACGGUCGUAUUAGGACUGGUCUCCUUCUUCUUGUCAUUGGUGUUCUUAACCACUUUUGUUAG